AUGAAACUAAUUUUAUUGUGUGCUCUGUUUGCGGCUGUGUCGCAUGCAGCUGAUAACAAUGAUUUUAUUGUAAACGAAUCCAAUGUGGAGCACAAUGGCAAAUUCUUCUACCAUUACCUACUCCAUGAUGGCUCGGAAGUGGCGCAGAACGGCAAUCUUAAGAAAAUAGAUAAGGAAAAAACUGGCGAGGCCGUCACGGGAUCAUUCAAAUUUAUCGGCGAUGAUGGCAUUGAAUACUCAACUUACUAUGUGGCUGAUGAGAACGGCUAUAUUCCUGCCGGUGAUCAUUUGCCCACUCCACCACCAACGCCGGAAUCUGUUCUAAAAGCCCUGGCAUAUAUUGAGAAACAUCCUUAUAUGCCAAAUAAGAAAAAACAUUAGACGAAAUGUAUGUGCUCAACCAUAAAUGUGAUUAUUAAAGAACUGAAUAAGACAAAUUAAUUUUACAUGAUUUGCAAAAUAUACACAA